AAUAUUUCUUAAUGUUAGCUGUAUAAAACAAAAAUUUGUUCUGAUAAAAUUUUUAAUAUGGGCCUUUAUUUGCCAAUAAAAUCCUUUUUAAAUGUGAGCUUUAUUAAACUGUUUAAAUAGACAAAGUUAAAGCUUAGGAUAGGAAAUAUAUAUGUAUGUGUAUAUGAAAUGAUGUUGUCGAGUUUUAACUUCCAGCCUGAGAUGGCCUGGAUUUGGUGUGUUAGUUUGUUUCACUGAAGUCAGUGAGAUAGGAGUCUAGCUGGGUACAUGCUUAAAAAGCUGGAAGUGAAGUGGGUGGCAACUGGCAGCUCCUUCUUUCAUGUAGUUUUCCAUAAUGUUCAUAUAGUUUCCUUAUGGUCUAAGUAUUAUAACUGGUUUUCAAGUUGUUAUAUUGAAUAUUCCUUUUUGGAAUUCAGGGUUGAAUCACUUUGAGGGGGAAGGGAAGCAAGGGCAAGAGACUUUAUUUUAACCAGGUGCGGUCUUAUGACCUCAAAGAUGUGCUCUAGAAAGAAAAUAACAAAAAGUGUACCUGUGAACAUAUUUUUUGUCUCAGUGAUAUUAUGCAACACAGUGUUCAGAAUUGCAAAAAAAUUUAAAAAUUGAUAGUUUUAUCAAUGGAAUAGAGAGAUGUGUUUUUGGCUAAAAUUAUUUUUUGUAAGUUAUUUGGUUAUUUCAUUUUAUAUUCCCUUUCUCAUAGCUUUGUACACACCUCAUACUUAAAACCAAGCAAGAGGCCUCUUUUCAGAUCUGGUUUAUUUUUGGAAUGCCUGAGUGUGUUUCCGGAUUGGGGGGGUGUGGUGUUUUACUUUUUGACAUGCUCUUAGCAUGUUUUGCUAGUCAUUCUGGAUCUUAUGUUUGCAAAUUCUGUUGAACAUUCAGUGAUGUAUUUGAAAUGAGAAAGUCCUCUAUAACAUAGUGUGAAUGUUUGUGGCCAAUUCAAUUGUGGAAUCUUCUGGCUUUGUUUUUACUUUGGGUAGAAGUUUAACUUCCAUUGUUCAGAUUUUAGGUUUAUCUAGUGAAAUUGUGGCAGGUAGUUGUCUAAAUAUGGACCAAUUUUGGGAAAUUAAGGUUAAUAAGUGUAUAUUUGAUUCUAGAUAAUCCUUUACUCAAAAUCAUACAUUAAAGAUUCACAUCAUUAAGAGUUAUCUAACUUUUAUGUUGUCAGAUCUUUAAAUGUGGAUGAUAUUCAGCAUUCUAUCUAUGAAUUUCCUUUAGGAAAAGAGAAAAAUUGAGUCUCCAAACCUUUUCUUGGAGACAAAAUUUACCACAUAUCGAAAAUGAAAAAAAUUUAGAAAGCGAUUUGAUUAUUUUUUAAUGGAGUUUAACCAGCUUAAUGAUUUUUCCCAGUUUGAAGCACUUAUUUUCCCAAUGUGAAUAAAGGGAAAAGAUCAGCAAUUUGUCCCUGGCCUUUUUCGAGGCCAUUUUUAGUUUUCUGCCCCCAUUUCCCAGUCCUGGUAUAAAAUGAAUUACGGGUAUCCCUCUAAGUCCCUAUAACCCUUUUUGGGGGUCACAGAUACCUUUGAUAAUCUGAUGAAAGUGUGAUGGAUCCUCUACCCAGGAAAAAAAAAAUGCACAUACCUGGAUAAUUUUGCAUACAACCUCAGGGGCAUCACACAUCUUCUGAAACCCAAGUUAAAGAUCUCUGCUCUAAGUAAAUUGUAGAGAAUUUUAGUGCAAAUUGUUGAUAAAAUUAGGAACCAACUAUUGGCUUAAAACCUUUCAUAUUGGAAUUAUUGUUAGAUGGUGGCCCCUACUAGCAAAAUGUGACAUUGCAACCAGCUUCAUUAGACAUUAUAACAUCCAGAGAGAAGGGAAAAUAGCAAAGUUCUGAAAGCUAUUUAUAAGGAGUCAGGGCAUCUCUAGACAUGGGAGCCAUUCCUGGUUCAAGGCAGGGGUCAGGGUGCCUGACAAUUUCUGGCAGGGUAGAGUUUGAUAAACCACAAUGCUCAGGAUGCCAAGGGGUUAGCCAUUUUCUUAACCCCUUCCUCACCAAAAGAUUUUAGUUUUGUCUGUUGGGAAACAAGAUGUCACUAGGGAAAAAAAGAUUUGCCUUACAACUUUGCUGGAACACAUCAGUUUGGUGACGUUGGGACACUAGUGUUAUUUUUGAGAAGGCGCAUAAAACCAAAGUAAAUUAUUCUCUAUGUAGAACAUUUAUUUACUAGUAACAUUUGUUUGGGUGUAUUCGCUUUGACAAUUUUUACCAGUAAAUAUUGGUUUUAUUUAAAACUGGGAAUCCAGUUGAUAUAUAGGAUAGUUGAUAUAUCUGUUCUUUCCCCCCAUGUAAAGCAUAGUUAAAAGAUUUAUGCAUACUUUUUACUUUUCUCUCUUAAUGCCAUGGGGUGGGGAGGGUGGGUGGGGGAAAGAUUUUUGAGUCUACAACUGACGAAAUGUCUUCUUCAAAUUAAAAAAAUUGAGAAGCAGCACUUUAAGUCUAACUUUACACCAUUUUAUUGCAUGUAUUAGUUUUAAUAAUGAUUUUUGGUGCAUGCCUUUGGGCUUAUUCAAAAGUGUACAAUAGGAAAGUAUAUUUCCUUUCUUAGAAAGGAGAUGUUUUCUACUUUGCAACAUGUGAUUACAAAAAUCUUCCUCUGUGGGAAGAUUAACCAUGUAUUGAACUACUGAAAAGUAUAUAUUUUUAGAUAUACAGAAAGAAUCUACAUGGAGCAGCAUUCAGACCUAUAUAGAAGUCAUAGCAUUCUGUGUAGGACCAAAAAGGAAAUAACAUUAAACACUUAAACAGACUUUGUUGGGUAGAAAUACCUUUAGAUCUUGCAUUUACUUCCAAAAAGAAAAAAUGCCACAGAAGUUUGCUGAAAACUUUUGUCGUUUGAAUUUUCUCUGUCAGUGUAUUUAGCCCAAAUACAACAGCUUUGGGUUAGCACACACAUAAGAAUCAAAAAAACAAAGCUCACUAAAUAAAUCAGUCUGGUUUGCCAAUCCAGCUUGACUGAAAUAAGUAAACCAAUCACUUGCAACAUGGAAAACUGUCCAACUCCUCUAAGGUUCUGACAAAAUAACCUUGGCUGAUGUGGGAAGAAUCCCACUUCGAUUUCUGACCUGACAGUGAAGAUUCAUGCUUGACAUGAUUUCAGACUUGACAAUGUCUGUUUAAGGAGCUAUGGUACAGUUUGCUAAUUCAAUCCCAGAUACCUGUUGAUUACCUGUGAGAUCUAGAGUCCAAAGUAGCCAGCAGCCAUAUCCCUGAGUGCUCUGUGCCCAUCAGAUAUCUUAAAGUAAGCAGGGUUGGGACAGGUCACAGCUUGGAUGAUUGACCUCAGGUGCCGUAGACAGCCCCAGAUUCAAGAAUUGUAUCUGCUUUCUUGGCAGUCGUCACUGAACUAAUGUCCCAUACUGUGUUACUUACUGUAGAUGCUCUCUUUUAGAGGAGGCCCAGAGCACACAUCCUAAUCGCUAGCGGUACUCAGAGAGGGGGUGCUAACUCUGAUGCCCUGGCCAAAUUCCAGUUUAGGGAUGUGGGUCUUCUUCUUGUCAUUCUAAUUGGAAAUGUGCAUCACUUCCCAUUUUUCUUACUGAUCUCAGUGCAAACUACACUAGUCUGUUUCUUUGCCCUGGUCUCAAGUCUCUAAGAUGCUGGUGUGUAUUAUAUGGGCUAAGUUCAUGUGUUAUCCUAAGGCACAAGAGUUGAGGAAUGGGUGAGCUUGGUGUCAGAGCACUGUGUGGUUGGAGGGUGGGCUCUUGUGAUGCUGUGGGGAUGAAAUUGGCCCUCUUCUAGCGUAAGUUGGGGAGUGUGCACUGGCUGGAGGCUUCCAGAGGCUUCCAGCCAUGAGAUGUGAGCUGAAACCAAUUUUUCCUCUUUCCUUAUAGCAUGUUGAGAAAAUCUGUUGGGUUUUCAGCAGUCAGGGAAGGCCGGAGUUCUGCUUUAAUCUGGGUAACUGAGGCUAAUGUGAGCAAGACUUUGGUUAAUUAACUGGGUUCUCAGAUGCCACAGACUCCGUGAGAAGUCACCAUUAUUUUCAAUGGUUGUGAUAGAAUUUCCCCCAGUAGCCAUUAUUUUAAGAUUAUAUUGCAGAGUUGCUUUAUUUUGAGCUUUUCGUGUAUACACAAUCCCAAACUGGAAGAAAUUUUAAAAAAAGGAAUCCUGCUGUGAAAGGUAUAUAUUACUCUAGAUUUUUCUUACUGUAAAUAUUGUAAGAUUGUAAUACUGUCGAUAUUUUAUUAACCAACAAAUGUUAAUCUAUGUGAAAUCAGACUUAUUUUAAAUGUGCUUCUUAUUUACUGUGUGUGGUCCCUGUUGCUGACAGUAUUAAGUUAUAUUCUGAUGUAAGAUUAACUUUAUUAAAGAAUGUAAACAUUAAUGUUUCCUUAUGGGAAAACAAAUAAAGUAUAAAGAAGACAAUUCUUUUCAUUGAAAUAUACUGUGUAUUUACACUUGCUAGACCCAGCACCACUUAUAAAUUUAGUACACUGUUCAGAAUUUUAGUUAACACAGCUGACAUGGUUGUGCUUUGUUUGAAAGUCUAAGAAUAGGUAUUGUUGGAAUAUACAGUUUGUAUUUGUCUGCUGUGAAUCAUAAUCUUGAAAUUUCUAAUCAAGUUUGUAAAAUUUUUAUAGUGAAACAUUUUAAUGACAAUUUAAAAAUUUAUCUUCUCUAAAGAAUGGUCAAAACAAUAUCCUUUCAGAAAUAGAAUUGUUCUUUAAUAUCUUUCCAAAAUGACUUUGGUUAAAUGGACCAGAUGUAUAUUAGUUAAAAUUUAGGACUAAGUUGUUGAUAUUCUUUGAGUUUACAAGUUAAUCCUUAUUGGAGAUGUGCCAAUAUACAGUUAGAAUAUCAUUAAUUUGCACUGUUUGGGGACCCCAUUUAAGAAUGCUGAAUUUUGCCAACUAAGAAGUAAGCAAAUGCAAUUUAAAAAGUAAAUUUGAGCAUUCUGUAUUAAAUAUGUGCAGUUAUUAUCACAUGAAGAAACGCAGUGUGUCGGGCUGUAAUAUUACCAUAUUUGCUGUCAUGUUCUCCCAUCUCAGUGCUGGGAACUCACCAUGUGGAAACCAAGCAAACGUGUUGUGCAUCAGCCGGCUUGAGUUUGUUCAAUAUCAAAGCUGAAAACUAGCGAGGUCUGCUGUACUGCUUAUUGAAGUAUUGUGAUUAUUUUAGGCAUUGAUUCUUACAAAAUAUAUACUGUAACAGUAUACUUUGUACAGAUUUAAAUUUUAUUUGAAAAAAUGAAAUAAAGUAGGCAAAAAAAUAAAGAUGUUUAUUUUUCAUGUGACUGU